UCCACAUGUUCUUGUCACUACACGUGGGUUCUCUUGUCAAGAAAGGCUUCAAAAUAUCUGCUGUAAAAUUCUACUUCACCAGGACAAUGUCUAUGGAAGCAGGGAAGAAAGCAGCUGCUAUACAUGCUGUCAAUACUUUUGUAAAGGAUAAACAAGUUAUUGGUGUUGGUAGUGGUUCUACAAUUGUAUAUGCUAUACAAAGAUUAGUUGAGAGAGUUAAAGAAGAAAAUUUACAAAUCACAUGUAUCCCAACAUCAUUCCAGGCCCGUCAGCUUAUAGUUGACUCUAAUCUGGUGUUAAGUGAUCUGGACAGACACUGUGAACUAGAUGUUGCUAUUGAUGGUGCCGAUGAAGUGGACAGUAAAUUAACACUAAUAAAGGGUGGAGGUGGCUGCCUCACUCAAGAAAAGAUUGUAGCUUCUUGUGCAAAAACAUUUGUAGUCAUUGCUGAUGACAGUAAGAAUUCUAGUGUUCUUGGUGAAAAGUGGAGCAAAGGCAUACCUGUGGAGGUGAUUCCAAUGGCAUACAAACCUGUCAUGAAUCAAAUGAAGAAAAUGGGUCUGACACCAACACUAAGGAUGGCUAAAGCCAAGGCCGGUCCUGUUGUAACUGACAAUGGCAACUUUAUCAUUGAUUUUGGUUUUGAUAAUCCUCAUGACUGGGAAGAUAUGAACACGRAACUAAACCUUAUUCCAGGUGUGGUUGAGACAGGCCUCUUUGUGAACAUGGCUAAACAUGUGAUAUUUGGUAAACAAGAUGGCAGCGUGGAAACCAGACAUUCUUAGGCAAUAUAUAGUACCAUGACGUCAUUAUGAUGAUUACGUCACGACAAUAUGACGACAUGUGACGUAGAGAAGAAAAGAAGGAAAAAGACUACUCCACGUUUUAUUUAUUUCUCAUAAAACUAUUUUACAAAUUUUCGUAGCCUUCUUUAAAAUAAUUAGAUGUUUUCUCUGUGAUUCAGYUCUUAUUUACACUGAAAACAUUAAUUAUUUUUGAAGUAGUUUGACGACACGAAUGUUACCGUGAGAACACCAAACAUGUYGGAUAAACAAUUCUAAAGUAAACAGUAAAUAUCUAGGGAUACUUCGAUCUUUUAAAGAAAGUCCAAGUUAUAAAACGGGUGAAAGAGACCCAUUAAAUAGCAUCUCCAUUUGCAGCUUAA